AAGCACGCGUUGCGUCGGUUUGUGUCAACAAAAACACGCGAAGCGGCCGGUUCUCGUGCGGUCCUCGCGGAAUCUCCGUUAGAAAUCGCGUUUCGUUCGCGGAUGUUAAUUUUAUUCCAUCUCUGCACAUAAUGCUGCUUUCGUUAGUAGUAGUUUCUGUUAUAGUAAUAAUAAGUAUUCAUCUAAACCGGUGAUCGUUUCACACCCCACCGCUUCUUAUCGGCUUUCGCGAUUUGUUACGAUCGCAUGAUUCUUCAGUGUUGAUCAUCAUUCAUCAUCUUGCCGGAACCGGUUCUUGCGCGUUGUGUAAUUUUCUAUUCCGUUGUCGAAGCGGGGGCGUUUGCACUAGUAGUGAAUGGGAAAUGAUCGGAGUGUUGCUCGUGGUGUCGCUUCUCGGUGCCUUCGGCGGUGGUAGUGGAAGUGAUUAUGGGUUCAUUAACCUGCCGAAAUCGCAUCUUCCGUUGUACUUCCGGCGGUUCCCUCAGCUGGAGCAACGGUGUCUGGAAGAUGAGACCUGCGAAUAUAGGAAAACACUAGCGAGCGAUGCGUACAAAGCUAGGAAAGGCACCUGCUGGGGCUAUGAGGACGACUGCCGGAAGGAGAACCGGUUUUCGAACCCGGAAUGUCCGGGGGAUUUCCAGGGGUACGUGAAAUCGAAGGAAGCACAGCUGGAAACGUUUUAUGCACAGGCGGAUUUUGGAUUCGUGCGCGAUCAGAUCCGGGAGACGCGGAUCAUGUGCGAGCCGACGUUUCCGCACGAUUCGGCGCUGGAGUGUUCCAAGUAUUUGCGCUUCUGCCGGGGACGGAACAUCAUGGUCAACUUUACGGAGUUGAUCCAUCGGAGGGAGCCUCUCCGGUACAAAAUGGACGUCCUGUCCCAGGGUCAAAUCGGAGGCCACUGCAAGCUGCACCGGAAGCGACUGGAAGACGAACUGGAGCAUAUCAGCCCGCUGCAAUCGUGGGGCCCGGAACUGCGAUUUUUCGACACGGUUGACAAGCCUCUGUCCCAAGGAGGCACAUGUGACGUUACCAUAGAACGUCCGGCAUUCAUCAUGAAGAUCGAUGCCACAAUCAACAUGUAUCAUCACUUCUGUGAUUUCAUCAAUCUGUACGGCUCGCUGCAUGCGAAUCUUUCCGAUCCGUACGGAUUCACUACGGAUGUGCAGAUCCUGGUGUGGGAAUCGUACACCUAUGAUUCGCCUUUUGCGGAAACUUUUAAAGUGUUCACAAAACAUCCGAUUGCCGAUCUGAAGACCUAUGCUGGGAAGGUCGUUUGUUUUAGGAAUCUCGUACUUCCGCUACUGCCCAGGAUGAUCUUCGGACUGUACUACAAUACUCCAAUUAUUACCGGCUGCGAAAACAGUGGCUUCUUCCAAGCCUUCUCCGAGCACGUGCUCCAUCGAUUGAAAAUCCCCCAGCGAAGCCGAACCGACCGCAAACUCCGAAUAACAUUCCUCUCGCGUCAAACCAAAUUUCGUCGGGUGCUGAACGAAAACGAACUGCUGGAGGAAAUUUCCGAGAACGAGGACUACCUGGUUAAUCGGGCCAGCUUCACUUACAAAACCGAUUUCCGGGAGCAGCUAAAGAUCACCCGGAACACGGACAUCUUCAUCGGUAUGCACGGUGCCGGCCUGACCCAUUUGCUGUUCCUGCCCAAGUGGGCCGUACUGUUCGAGCUGUACCACUGCGAAGACCCCAACUGUUACAAAGACCUGGCUCGCCUAAAAGGAGUCCGCUAUCUUUCCUGGGAACGAGAUGACCUCGUUUAUCCGGAGGACGAAGGUCAUCAUCCGGACGGUGGAGGGCGACAUGCCAAGUUCACCAACUACGCCUUCGAUGCUAAAGAGUUUGCCCGAUUGGUAGCCGUCGGUGCGGAUCACGUUUGGAACCAUGAGGAGUAUCAGCAUUUCAUGGAACGGUCCCGGCGGAAGCAGGACAAACUACUCGCAGCCAAGGAGGAGCUAUGAUGAUGAGGUAAGUGAAACAAGACGACGACGCUACUUAAAAUACUAAAGACUUUUAUAACAAACAAACAACUAUUCCUAACCGUAACGGUAAAGUUAACCAAUGUUGCCUUCUUGGUUCGAACAACGAACUGUAGCUACCUACUAAACAUAUGCAAUUGAAUCGAACCUGCCUACUCAAAACGUUACUCGAAUAAUGGUAUUAUAUAUUUUAACUUUUUUUAUAUGAACGAA